UUCCAAACAUGGUGGAUAACAUAGGCAAUAGCCCAGACUCCGAAAGCCGUAACUGUAUCGCCCCGGGUGCCACUUCCAGUACUGCAUAUGGUGAUGGGUGCACCAUCAAGGAACAGGACCGCCUGCUGCCCAUCGCCAACGUUGGCCGGAUCAUGAAGCAGAUCUUGCCACCCAAUGCAAAGAUCUCCAAAGAGGCGAAAGAGACGAUGCAAGAAUGUGUGUCUGAGUUCAUCAGCUUUGUGACGGGUGAAGCGUCUGAUAAGUGCCAUAAAGAGAAGCGCAAGACCGUCAACGGCGACGAUAUCUGUUGGGCACUUGGGACGCUAGGGUUCGACGAUUAUGCUGAGCCCCUAAGGAGGUAUUUACACAAAUAUAGAGAGGUAGAGGGGGAGAAAGCUAACUCCUCCAACAAGGCUAGUGACACAAAUGCUAGAGAUGAGCCAUCCAUCUUUAGAAGUGACCCACAAAGAAACCAACCUUUGGGGUCCACUUCUUUGAAGUUUAACGCCAUUGAUAGGAAUGAUGGCUCCAUCUCAAGGCCAUUUUAGGUACUUGGUGAGAAGGGCUAUUGUUGUAUAUUAUCUAGUCCUUUGAUGAUGAAGCUAAUGGUGAUGACAUGGUAGAGAGAGAGAGAGAGAGAGAGAGAGAGAGAGAGA